AUGGACCCCGGGCCUCGCACAACCUUGGAGCGCCAGCAGCAGCUCCGCCUUCGGGAGCGGCAGAAAUUCUUUGAGGACAUUUUACAGCCAGAGACUGAAUUCGUCUUCCCUCUCUCCCACCUGCACCUGGAGUCCCGGCGACCACCCAUAGGUAGUAUCUCAUCGAUGGAAGUGAAUGUGGACACGCUGGAACAGGUGGAACUGAUUGACCUUGGGGACCAGGACGGAGCAGAUGUCUUCUUACCUUGUGAAGACCCUCCACCAACCCCGCAGACGUGUGGGGUGGAUGGCCAUUCAGAGGAGCUGAGUCUGCCAAUGGCCACAUCCGACAGGGCCACGUCUCGGACCUCGUCCUCGUCCUCUGACUCCUCCACCAACCUGCAUAGCCCAAAUCCGAGUGACGGGGGGGCAGCUACACCCUUGGCACAGUCCGAUGAGGAGGAGGAUGGGGCUGAUGGAGGGGCAGGGCCGGGGGCCUGCAGCUAGCGGUGGGCCCCUGCCAACGUACAGACUGACCGAUGGGGCUCAGUGUGGCCCUUCUCCACAUUGAGACCUAGGCCCCGUAGGAGCCCUGGGGAAGCAGCCCAGACUCUUCUUGCAGUAGGCGCUCGAGGGAGGGGGAGGGUGGUGGAUUGGUGUGCCUUUUUGGAAAUUAAUCCCCUCCUGCUUUACUGCUAACCUUUCCCUGCAGUGACCCUUUCACCAGUUACCCCCGAAAAGAGGGCUUGCAAGCGAGGAGGUGGAUAAAAAAAUAGGACAAGAUGUCACUCCUUUUCUCAGCACGUCCCCUUCCCCAAACUAUCCUGCAGUCCGCUACUAGGCUCCCCUGAAACACUGUCUCCAAGUGGACGGGACUCCCUAGCACUUCUAUGGAGGUGGUGCUCCAGCCUCCCUGACUCCUGACAGCCCCUUGGGAACAGGGCACAGUAUGAGCAAUAAAGAAAUACUACGUGGACCUGCCACCUCAUUGUCCACCUGGCAAAGACAGGAAACCCACUGUGCUGCUGUUGCUCUCCAGCCACUACCACGUCCUCCUCACUCACUCCAUUUAUUUAAGAAGUAUUUAUUGAACGCCUGCUGUGUACAAGGCAUUCGGAAUGUAAUUCCGAACAAGACAGGCUGUGUCCCUGCCUUCAUGGACAGAGAGAGUGCCGCAAGGACUGUCACUCAUGGGACGGGCAGCACAAUGGGCAACUACCCCGGGACCAGAGCGUCACGGCUCCUCAGCCCAGUCUGUGCGGCCACUGAUGCGGGCCGAGUUUUCAGCUAAGGUCCGAAGGAUGAGUCAGAGUUAGGCAGGGGCUGUAAUUCGGGCAGGAAGCAGUUUGUGGAAAGACUUUCACGGCAGAGAACUUAGCACUGAGGAACCAGACAGACGCUCAGCACAGCUGAUGGUGGGGAAUUUGAGGAGGGAGGUUAGGUCCUCCACUGCUGACUGGCAGAUGAGCAGUUCAAGCCCAUCAGCUGUUCACAGGAAGCAGGAUGAGGCAGUCUGCUUGCAUAAAGAUGUGCAGUCCUAGAAGCCCCAUGGGGCAGUUCUCUGUGUGACCCUCUGCGGUUGUUGAGCAUGGCAUCGGCCUGGCAGCAAUGGAUUAGUAAGUGAUGAAGGGAGACGUAAGAUUGGCAGAGGGUAGGUCGUGAAGUGCUUCGAGCCUGUGCCAGGUUUUGAUUUAACUGCUAGUUAAAAAGGGAGUGGGGCUAUCACUGACAUAGAUAUAAAUGCCUUUUCUCCUCUAAGAGUUGGAAGAGAGGCAAUACAGGGCUGUGAGCCAGCUCCACAGUAAGUGGCCACACAAGCACCCUCUUUGGCUCAUUUUGCUCAGCCACCCAGGGCACAGCACUGGCACGCUCAUGGGCAACAGCCAUCGUGUCCUUGAAUCUGGCAGAAAGCAGAAGAGAUUGGGGGUGGGCAAAAGGGGCAAAGCCAGCUGUCUUCUAUUUGACUUUUGUAUACGUCCUAACCGUGCCACUUACUUUCGUAUCACGGUCCAGAACAUAACAGAUGUUUCCUUUGUACACAUUGUAUAAGACACAGGGACACACUGCAUUAUCCAGAAGAAAGGCAAUUCUGACUUUUCAAAGGCCAAUGAUCCCUCCAGGUCCCACAAUGACCAGCUCAUCUCCUUUCUAGACUGUGUCAAAUCACCUUACUAGGCAGCGGGGAAAGCGAGUCCUUGAGCCAGGCACACUUGUCCUGCAGAAUCAGAGUGGUCACUAAGAACUCGAGUGCGGUAGUCAUUGCGUAGGUCGCUCGUGCUAGAUGUCAGUGUGAAGGGGUUUGAACUUCAUCGAAAGUCAUGAAGGGUUCCCAAUGGUUGAGUUUGCCUGUUAAGAGAAUUCUGAGUGUAGUAUAAAGAAUAUACUAGAGGAACACAGGUUUUUAGACAGAUAAAUGAUAGUAAUCCUUGCAAGAGAAAUGGCAGCCCCAGAAGACAGUGGUGAUGGUUAGCUUAACUGGGUCAGUGCAUGCUAGAUGCCAGUAUCAUGUACAAGACACUGAGCAUGGCUUUGGGUGAGCAAAAAACAAAGAUACUGCCCCUGCUUUAACGGAGCAUACAAUCUAGUGGGGACCUGAGUGUAAAAUUGCAACUAUGCGUAAUGCUAAGGAAUGACUAGCUUGCUUAGGUUACCAGAUGUUUCCCUUGAGGAAGUGACAUUGGAGCUGAGAGUUGAAGGAGAAGGGUAUGGGUUAAAUUGUGUCCUUAAAAAAAAAAAAGGCGUCGUAAAUCCUAAACUGUCUGCCCAUGGCUAUAUAAUCCUGUUAGAAAUUGUCUGGGCUAUGUCCAUGAGCCAGGCUUAGAGCAGGACGUGUUUUGAGUCAAUCUCUUUUGAGAUACACAAGAGAUGAGACAAAAGCCAGUAAGCAGAGAAGAGAGAUGCCAACCGGAGCAGCUGCCCAGAGACAAGGACUCCAGAGCCAACACGAAGUCCCCCUAGAACUGACACCCUAAACUCAGACUCCUCACCUCCUUGACCUGAGAGAAUAAAUGUGUGUCUGUGAUGGCCA